AUGGGGCCCAGCAUGGUCAUUUGCGGCGGGAGUGCGGUCGGGCCAAGUCCGCACGGCUGGCCAGGGAGUGAGGGAGGGCAUCAAUGGUGCGAGCUGGUGUCAGCAAACAUCUAUCACAGCUCACAGCAUGAUGGGAUACUGAGAGGUCUAGGUAGGCAGGGAGGUGCAUUUCGGGCUACCCAGCGCACGCAACAGACGCUGCAAGGCCACUUUGCCGACUGCCUGGGCACGCUCGUCUGGAGCCUGAGUACCGAUCCAAUCCAUCCUAUGAGACUCCAGUCCGAGAACCGUCACCGGUGCGCGUCGCCUAUCGGAUCCAGGAGGCAGGGCGAACGGCAGUAA